AUGCUGCCGCUGCUCCACCAACAACCAAUCACACAUGUCGAACAACUCAAACGCAAACAAAAAGUUCGUGAAUGCAAGGUCCUCAUCCGCAAAAUUUAUCAAUCGGUAUGCCGAAUGACUGGUGAAGAUGUCGACAACGUUCAAACCGAAAUUGCUUCCACCCUACCAUUAAAUACGCUUGCUGCAGCUUUGGAAAUGGACGAAAAAUUGAAAUGCGACGAAUUUGCUGCUACAACGAAACAAUUCGUUUUGAGGAUAAAAGGUACUUCAGAUAGUGUACAUGAUGUGUUGCGAAGUCUGUACACUGAUGAACUUCUUUAUUUAUGUAACUGGGACGGUAGGGGUGGGAAGCAACCUCUCUCCAAAUUCCUGCUGGUUUCCAACAUUUUAUACGAUUCAUUCAUAACGUAUGGAUUGGCAAUGUUCGAAAAACAAGUUCGAAAAGCCAUUGAAAUGAGCCACCAUAGGCACAAACAAAGAAUUUAUAGGAAGAGGAAAACUGAGGAGUGAACCCUUUAAAUAUUUAAUAAAAAGUUAUAUGUAUUUCUGAUAUUAUUAAAAAAAAUUAUUUUAAUACAUACUAGAUUUUAAGAUAGCAUUGCAAAGCAGGA